AUGGAAGCCGUCGUUCCAGCGGAGAUAACUUCUGAACUCACUCAGAUUCUGUCCAAUCUCGUGCUGGGUGACAAUGACAUACGAUCUAGUGCCGAGAAAGCUGUCAACGAUCGUCUUGCACAUUCUCCAGAGCUUUAUUUGCUUGCUCUGGCCCAGUUUGCUAUAGCUGCAGACCAGGAAGUCAUGCGCUCCUUUUCACUCGUCCUUCUCCGACGUUUACUUUUCCGCACAGCCCCACCAUCCCAGUCCUCUCCGCAUCCCCCAGCCACAAGACUGACGCUGUACGACCACCUGUCUUCGCAAACCCUAACCACGCUAGAACGACUCCUCCUCCACUCCCUCUCCCAUGAACCGUCGACUCUCGUCAGGAAAAACAGCGUCGACACCAUCUGCGACCUUGCUAACCAAGGCAUGGCCCGCGGACGCCCUUGGCAUGCACUGCAAGCACAGACGUUUAGCAUGACACAGGCAACGGAGGCAGCUGGGCUGAGGGAGAGUGCGUAUCGGGUCUUUGCAGGAUGUCCGAAUCUGGUCAUGGACCUACAGACCGAUGCGGUGCUUGGUGUUUUCCAGAGAGGACUUCAGGAUGGGUAUAGCAUCGAGGUACGACAUGCAGCCCUCCUCGCAUCCGUAUCCUACCUCUCCUCAACGGACCCAGGCCAGCUCUCCCUCUCCCUCUCACUAAUGUAUCCAAUGCUCGACACUCUCCCAUCACUUGCCCAAAACCUCUCAUCCUCCUCUGCAAACUACCACCACCUAUCCACCUUUCUCUCAACACUAACACCCCUCUGCUCAACCCACCCACAGCUCUUCGCGCCCCACUUACCCGCACUACUAACCUUCCUACCCGCACUAAUACUUCCUGCCGUCGAUUGUGGACCUACACCCACCGUCGGGCGACCAUUCCCUAACGGGAACGGAGCACGUCAAGGGGCGUUUGUGUUCCCGCCCCCCGGGGAAAGUCCUCCUCCACCAUCGGAGGAUCAACAAGAGGACGACGAGCGGACUACCCUCCGUCUAUCUGCGUUGGAAUUCAUGAUCAGCUUGUCGGAAGCUAAACCGACGAUGGUGAAGAAGGUGGCGGGGUGGGUCGAUAUUAUCGUGCGCGCGUGUCUUGAAGGUAUGGGUGAGCUUGACGAAGAAGAUGCGGGGGGUUUGGAGGGAUGGUUAGCUGAGGAUCCCUCGAAUUCAUCAAGCUCCUCGGAAACCGAAGCUCCCCCGGCGCUAUACGAACAAUCUCUUGAUCGACUUGCGUGCGCUGCUGGUGGUAAGGCGGUUCUACCACCUGCCUUUCAGUACAUCCCAUCCAUGCUUGCGAGCUUCGACUGGCGGGUACGCCACGCAGGGUUGAUGGCUAUCGCAGCCAUCGGAGAAGGAACCGGAAAGGUCAUGCAAAACGAACUUGGAAAAAUCGUCGACCUCGUCACGCCCAUGUUCGCAGACUCCCAUCCGCGCGUUCGGUACGCUGCUUGUCAGUGUGUCGGCCAACUCUGUACAGAUUUAGAGGAAAUCAUCCAAGAGAAAUAUCAUCAACAGUUAUUCGCAGUGUUAAUUCCUGCGCUUGAGGAUCCAGAGCCUCGAGUCCACUCACACGCCUCCGCCGCCCUGAUCAACUUCUGUGAAGGCGUCGAACGGGACACCCUCCUCCCCUACCUCGACCCCAUCGUCGAGCGGCUCUUAAAACUUCUCAAAGGGCCAGAAGGCGGUGAAAACACCGUACGCACUUAUGUGCAGGAACAGGUGAUCACGACGUUGGCGAUGGUGGCUGAUGCUAGUGAGAUUACGUUUGCAAAGCAUUAUCCGGAUAUUAUGCCGUUGCUGUUGAAUGUUCUCCGGAAUGCUGAUGGGGUUGAGUAUAGGAAGUUGAGAGUUAAGGCGAUGGAGUGUGCUGGGUUGAUUGCCAUUGCGGUUGGGAAGGACGUGUUCAGGCCCGAUUCGAAUACGCUCGUCGAGCUUUUGAUGAGGAUACAAAAAAGUCCAAUCGACCCAGCCGACACCCAACUAGCACACUACCUCAUCUCAACAUGGGCCAAAGUAUGCCAAGCCAUGGGCCCCGAAUUCGAGCCCUACCUCCCAGUCGUCAUGCCCUCGCUCCUAACAACCGCGAGCGCCAAAGCCGACAUAUCAGUAUACGAUGAAGACAAGGAGAAACAGCAAGAAGAGCGCGAAGGUUGGGAAACGAUCGAGAUGGACGGACAGACGUUGGGGAUUAGGACUUCGGCGAUUGAGGAAAAGUGUCAGGCGUUUGAGACGCUUGUGAUUUAUUGCUCGACGCUUGGGGCGAGGUUUGCACCGUAUUUGGCGCAGAGCUUCGAGGUUACGUUGCCUUCGUUGAGGUUUUAUUUCCAUGAUGGGGUCAGGGAAGCGUGUGCGCUCGUCAUCCCAAUGCUCCUGGUCUGCGGAAAAAACAGCGGAACGCUCACUAACCAAAUGGUCUCUGCGACAUUCCACCAAUUAAUAACCUGCAUCUCAACCGAACACGAUGCCUCCUUCCUCGCCUCGCUCUACAAAUGCUUCACCGACUCCAUGCAGGUCAUCGGCGGGCCCUCGGCACUCGCGCACGAGUAUACGAAUGGUGUUAUGGACGCUACCAAGCGGCAGCUGCAAACUUUCGCCGAGCGGCGAAAGACGAGGGCAAAUAGGGCUGCGGCGGAUUUGGAGGAGAAGGAGGAUAUGGCGCUCCUUGAGGAGAUUGAGGAUUUCGCGUUGGAGGAUAUGGGGAAAAUGUUGGCUGCGUUUGAUGAUAAUCAUCCGUUGUUGGUUGCCGUUUCGGGGGUUAGGGAUUUAGGGUUUAAUACUUGGGAUAGCGAUGAGGAGGGUGAUGAGGAGGGGUGA